GCACUCCGGAGCGCGAGGCGGCGCUAAUGCGCCACUGAGCGGCCAACCGCCGUCAAACAGGAAGAAGAAGAAGAAGAAGGUGUUUACCGGAAGUGUCGUUCUCGCUGUUGCUACCCAGCGUCCCGUGCCUGCCGCCGCUCCCCCCGGUUGGUCAGCUGACCGUCGGCCGGUCUGGUGACUGUCAAACCCCUGAAGCUCGCACCGUGACCCGUACACCAGCACCAGCAGGCCGAGGCCGGUGUCUGUGUCCCCGCUACCGGAGCUCCCGACGUUCCCCGCUGCCGCUACCUCUGCCGGAGGCCGGAUAACUGGCCUAAACAAGCCGAGCUCGUCGCCCCCAGAGUCGGACUCUCACACUCCGCUCCUCCGAUUGGUCCCACUCCGAGGCCGGCCAGCUGGUCGACUCUGUCCCGAGCCUCUGCGACCCCCAGCCGGCCCCCAGCCCCGGCAGCCCCGCUGACCGCCAUGGCUCUGCUGGACCUCGCCAUGCAGGGACUCGCCGUGUUCGGCUUCAUCCUGUUCUUCGUGCUGUGGCUCAUGCACUUCAUGUCCAUCAUCUAUGUGCGUCUCCACCUCCACAAGAAAAGGUCAGAGGUCAAACAGCCAUUCGUGCAGCUGGCAGGAGUUUCUCUGCUGAAGCCACUGAAGGGCGUCGACCCGAACCUGAUCUCCAACCUGGAGACAUUUUUUACACUGGAUUACCCCAAGUAUGAGAUCCUGCUGUGCGUUCAGGAUCAAGACGAUCCAGCUGUUGACGUCUGUAAAAAGUUGUUGGGCAAAUAUCCGAACAUAGACGCUCGAUUAUUCAUCGGGGGGAAGAAAGUUGGAAUCAACCCCAAGAUCAACAACCUGAUGCCGGGCUACGAAGGAGCCAAAUACAGCCUGGUCUGGAUCUGCGACAGCGGCAUCAGAGUGAAACCUGACACCCUGACAGAUCUGACCAAUCAGAUGACAGAGAACGUGGGAUUGGUCCACGGGUUGCCAUAUGUUGCUGAACGCCAAGGCUUCGCCGCCACACUGGAGCAGGUGUAUUUUGGGACGUCCCAUCCUCGCUCCUACAUCUCUGCUAAUGUGACAGGGAUCAAGUGUGUGACGGGGAUGUCGUGUCUGAUGAGGAAGGACGUGUUGGAUCAAGCCGGCGGGUUGGUCGCCUUCGCUCAGUACAUCGCUGAGGAUUACUUCAUGGCUAAAGCCAUCGCUGACAGGGGCUGGAAGUUCUCCAUGGCGACACAGGUGGCGCUGCAGAAUUCUGGGUCGUACUCGAUUGGCCAGUUCCAGUCGCGCAUGAUCAGGUGGACGAAGCUGCGGAUCAACAUGCUUCCUGGCACCGUGCUGGAGCCCGUCUCCGAGUGCUUCCUGGCCAGCCUCAUCAUUGGCUGGGCCGCUCAUCACGUGUUCAGGUGGGACAUGAUGGUCUUCUUCAUGUGUCACUGUCUCGCCUGGUUUAUAUCCGACUACAUCCAGCUGACUGGAGUUCAGGGCGGCCCGCUCAGCUUCUCGAAGCUGGACUUCGCGGUGGCCUGGUUCAUCAGAGAGUCGAUGGCGGUGCAGAUCUUCCUGUCGGCUCUGUGGGACCCGACUAUCAGCUGGAGGACCGGACGGUACCGGCUGCGCUGCGGCGGCACCGCCGAGGAGAUCCUCGACGUCUAGUUACCACGGCGACCGGCUGCACGCUCCUCCUCGCGACCGGCGGGGAGGAAGAGGAGGAGACGAGAGAAAGAGACUGAUGUUUAUUUGUUUUUUAUGAGAAAAACUGAAGUGUGUGCGUGAGCGCGCGCGUGUGUUUUUAACUAUUUAUGUUCCUUUUGGUGCUAAAACGGAAUGAUGCCAGAACAAGCCAAUGAGAGCGCAGCAGGGAAGGAAAGCAAAAAAGGACAAAAGAAGUGGGAGGUAGCGACGCGUCGCACUGAACUGUCCGAUCUUUGAUCGCAGCUGAUUGCUCAGUCUCUGAAAACGGAGAAAACCAAUCGACCAAUCGGGAGAGAGGAGUUAAAAUGGCCUCUUCCCGUUGGUUGAUUUUCUUCAACUUUAAUGUUUCAUGAAGUUUGUGAAGUUUUUUAUGGAAACAAAGAACAGCUGAGACAUUAACCGUGAAGCUUGAUCACAACUGAUGAAGCAGAAUUCAUAGUUCUGAGAUCUUUUACUUUGAAAACCGCUUGAGUUUCCUCUCACAGAUUCAGACUGACGGUUUUCAAAAUAAAAUAUUUCGGUUGUAUAAGUUCGGCUGUUUAAAUGUCAACAGGAAGUAUUCAGUAGCGGUUAAAUUGUUACGGCUGUUGUUUGCCUCCGUAGUUUUUGCAUUGAGAAAAGACUGUAAAUAAUUUAGCAUAAAUAGAUUUUUGGCCCGAAAAUCCAAAACUAGGAGCUAAAAGAGGCUAAAAUGUGCGUCGCGCUGCAGCUGAGCCCGACGCUUCCACCCAACAAAAACCGGCUGGAGACGUUUUCUCGUUCUGACCGGUGGGACCCGGGACUGCAGUCAGCUCCUGGAUCCACAACGGCCCCGGGUCCGAGGGCUGGACUCGACGUGAUGUUUGGGAACUAUCGGGGAGCAGUUUGCAGUCCUGAACGUCUCUGACUCUUUCAUUCAGAGUAUUAAGUGAGUCAGUAUUGGGACGAGGGACGGACAUGUGUUGUUUAUGGACGUUGACUUCCCAACUAGUUCAAGAAGACAAAGACAGAAACAAAACGUAACUAAUAUAAACGGGCGAACAUACUGAGGAGACGGGAUGUCUCACGUCUUCACAGUAAAAACAAUCUGUCCAAAGGAACUUCAGUUCCUGCAAACUAUUCGUUCAAAAAGCUCAAUUUUCUCAUAAUUCUGAGAUUCAUAUUACAAGAAAAUGCCUCAGUUGUUUUCCUUCGAGUGUUUCUGUUUGAUUGAGCGUCAGUCUAAAAAUAUUGAUUUGUGCAGCUUUGAGGUUAAAAAAUAAUAAUAAUAAUGUGAAUACGAUCAGCGAAUGAGGAAAAACUGAAUUCUGAUACAUUUUCUCAAAUGUUCGGCUGAUUUCUGUAACAAAAAAUGCGUUUUACGAAAGGGUACUGCUCGUGAUUAUCCUCUGUAUCUCACCGCGAAAUGAUCUAAUAAUAACAGAAAACGUAUUUUGUAAUUUAAAAAAGACGUCAAAAUUACAAGAUCUUUAUUUUGUAAUUACAAAAUCGGUACCUUUUUAAAUGUGAAACUCAUCUUGUGAUUACAAAAUCGUAGCUAUAAAAAAAUCUCAUCUGUCUUUUUUUCGUAGUUACAGAACCCGUAACGAGUAAAAAACCCGUCUGCGGCGUCUUUGUCUCGUGAUUUGAACAGGAGUCACGGGAUCUUUGUCUCGUAGUUACGAAAUCGGUACCUCGUUAUUAUAAAAAAAGUAAAUCUGUAUUUUGUAAUUAUAAAAAGGAACUCGGGGAAGCGUACGAGAUCCUAAGUCUUAUUAUAAAAAUGUCUUAAUUUCUUUAGCGCUUCUGUCGCACGGGACAGUGACACAAACUAACACCCCCCGCCAAAACACAGACCACGACUCCACGCUGAACUCCAGUAUUCUGACGUUUAAUGGUCGCGACAUUUCAUGUGAUUCAAACAUCAAAUAAAACACAGGACCAAAUAAAUUAAAAAAAGAAAAUUAAAGACAAAAAUCCACAUUUCUGAGCUUUGUUUGUUCGGCAGAGUCUCGACACUGUACUGUGUGUGUGUGUGUGUGUGUGUGUGUGUGUGUGUGUGUGUGUGUGUGUGUGUGUGUGUGUGUACGAUCGCAGGUGUUUUUUAAAGCCAUGUUGCUUUACUGUUAGCCCUUAGCUGUUAGCGUAGCCACAGGGGGUUUGGUUGAUGACAUCAGCUUCGAGUCGGACGAACCCCAGUCGCCGUCGUCCAAUAGGAUCAGUAGGACUCUUAUUUGUUUAUUGUUGUUUUUUUAAAUUACAAUUAUCUGCUGUAGUCUGCGAACCGACCAAUCACAGUUGAGGAUUGUGUCAACACAGGAACAAUAAAGUUUUAUCCUUUAAAAGCUGCA